UCGAGACAAAGAUUUUCGUUGACGGAUUUGCCAGCCCUAUAACAAAAUUCUCAGUAUAAAGUAUCGUUGGAAGCGAAAAAGUGGACUGUAAAUAUGACAAAGUUUAACAAUUUCGUAACCAAAAAGUUGGUAAGCGGCGCUUUUCAACAUAGGUGUUUUACAGCUGUCUCCAACACAAAUAUUCAUCAGAAGCAUAAUGAAGAUUUAUUACCAAAACCAAACGAAUCCUUUAUGGCAAAUAUAUUUCGUGGAUCCUUGAUGUGCAAGCAUGUAUUCCCUUAUCCUGAUGUUUUAACUACCGAACAAAAAGAAUUUACCAACAGUCUAAUAAAUCCAUUUGAACGAUUUUUUUUGGGAGUCAACGAUGCCGUUCGCAAUGAUGACAAUUCAAAAAUCGAUGAAAACACCUUGACCGCAUUAUGGGAAUUAGGCGCGUUUGGUAUUCAAGUGCCUGUUGAUUAUGGUGGCUUGGGCUUGAAUAACACGCAAUACGGAAGACUUUGUCAAAUAGUUGGUGCGAACGAUCUAGGCCUUGGAAUAACAAUUGGUGCACAUCAAAGUAUAGGUUUUAAGGGAAUACUUCUUUAUGGUACACCUGAGCAAAAAGCUAAAUACUUGCCUAUGGUAUCCUCUGGAAAGGUGUAUGCUGCAUUCGCACUAACCGAGCCUAGUUCAGGCUCUGACGCUGGGUCAAUCAGAUGUCGGGCUGUCAAAAAUAACAAUUAUUAUAUACUAAAUGGCUCAAAGAUUUGGAUAUCUAAUGGAGGAAUCGCUGAUAUUAUGACCGUUUUUGCACAAACAGAGCAAGUGGAUAAAAAAACGGGUCAAAAAAAAGAUAAGGUAACAGCGUUUAUAGUAGAGCGAUCUUUCGGAGGUGUUUCUCACGGUCCACCAGAAAAAAAAAUGGGAAUAAAAGCUUCAAAUACAGCAGAAGUGUAUUUUGAAGAUGUAAAGAUUCCUAUCGAAAAUGUUCUAGGAAAAGAAGGAGACGGCUUUAAAGUUGCCAUGAACAUUCUUAAUAAUGGUCGCUUUGGAAUGGGUGCCACUUUGUCUGGCACGAUGAAAAGAUGUAUUGAUAUCGCCACUGCACACGCUAAUAACCGGGCUCAGUUUGGACAAAAAUUAAAAAACUAUGGAUCUAUUAAAGAAAAAUUGGCGCAAAUGAGUAUACUUCAUUAUGCCACUGAAUCUAUGGCAUUCACAAUAUCGCAAAUCAUGGAUUCCGGAAGUCAAGACUACCAUUUGGAAGCUGCUAUAUCAAAAAUUUAUGCUUCUGAAAGCGCAUGGUACGUUUGUGACGAAGCUAUUCAAAUACUUGGUGGAAUGGGGUUUAUGAAGGAAGCUGGUGUGGAGAGAAUUUUACGAGAUCUUCGAAUUUUUCGCAUUUUUGAAGGCACAAAUGACAUUCUACGUUUGUUUGUAGCGUUGACUGGAAUACAAUAUGCAGGUUCUCACCUAACAGACUUGCAACGAGCAUUUAAAAAUCCAUCGGCAAAUUUGGGACUAAUAUUUAAAGAAGCCUCACGACGUGCAGCGUCCAGCAUUGGUCUCGGUGGAGUUGACUUGAACUCACAUGUAGUUGCAGAGCUUAAACCCUAUGCGAAGAAUACUGCUGUUUGUAUUAAUGUUUUUGGCCAAACUGUAGAGGAGCUUUUAUUAAAAUAUAAGAAGAAUAUAGUAAACGAGCAGUUUGUGUUAAAUUGCUUAGCAAACGCUGCCAUUGAUAUCUAUGCCAUGGUUGUAACGCAGUCGCGGUCAUCUCGAGCUUUCAGCCUUCAACUAACAACUGCAGAACAUGAACUUAAUUUGACAAAAGCUUUAACCAUUCAGGCAUCCGAGAGAGCAUUGAGGAAUUUAAGGAAUGCUACUUCAAAAAAUUCGGAAGCACUCACGAAAAAGAUGUCAAGCAUAGCACAAACAGUUUGUGAGAACAAUGGUGUUGUUUGCACUGGUGUUUUAGAUUUAAAUUAGAGCAAUGAAAAUUUAUAAAAAAACGGAACAAAAAAUUUUUUAAAUAUUUUUUGAAAAAAUCAUUGAUACAAUAAUUUUUAUAAAAAUCUUCAGUGUUAAUUAUUAAUUUUUAUUGUUAAAAUAAAUUAAAAUUUAAAACCA